UCUACUACAGUGUGCGGUCCCAGUGUUUGUUUGAUUUGUUUUGUAUAUGCAACGUCGUAAAUGUUCUUUGUACACAGUUGAAAUUUGAUAUGUGGUGAAGAUGAACCGUAUGAAACAAGCUCAUUUUUUCGCUAUUCCGACCCAAGGAAAUGUUUAUACAGUGAAACGUCUGGAACUAGCAGACAAAUCAAACAAAUUACUUAUAGCCACUCUCAAAAGGCAGAUUUACUUCUUUGAAUACACAGAGAAUUCUUCUGGUGAAUUGAUCCCUUUAUCAAAAGAAGUAUCUUUUACGUAUAUUCCAAGUGGUACUGAAAUUAUAUCGUUGGACGUAUUUAAUAAAUCUGAAAAGGGCAACGAUUUCGUUAUCGGCAUAGCCAUAAUUAAAACCAUCGUGGAUACUGGAGUUCAUGAAACAUAUCUGAAUAUAUACUCGGAAUCUGAGUCGAAAGUUUUCAAUAUUGAAAAUAUCGCUCAGAAUUGUUUAACUUUGGAAUUAAAUUUUACACCAUAUCAUCUAACACACACUUAUCUUGUUACUUGGCAAGAUGGUUCAUUGAUAAAGAAAGAGAUGGUUUUCCUGCUAUCAGGAAGCGACAAAAGAAUCCAUGUCUACAAAGAGAACAUUAUGAAUCACUUUUACAAAGAGAUAGAAGCUGAUGAUUUAUUUCCAGAGUUUAAUAAUCUUCCAAGCGUUGCCCUGUGGAUGGACGUGCAUUACUACAAAAACUGUUCAGAACGAAUUUCUGCGUAUGGCACAGAAUGCGGUUACCUGAAACUAAUGAAACUAUGCAUGAAAACUAAUAGUGUGCUAUUCAACUAUUCAACAUCUUUCAUAAGUCCUAUAACGCAGCUUCGGAUAUAUCCUUUUAACAAAACAUGGACGAAGCCUACAUUUAUUACCAGUCAUAAAGAUGAAGAUGAAUUAGUAGACAUCAUUAAUUUGAAUAUAAAUGAGGGGAUGUGUGAUAUACACGAUGAAGAGUUGACCGAUGAUAGUUCAUCUCAAACCAAUACCGUUAUAGAAAAGAAUUCUACAGAAACGCCAGAUGUUGAUGAUAACAUUAAUUAUAUAAGGAAAAAUGAUAAUUUAUCUAUGUCGAUUGAGAAUAUUGCUGAUAUGGAAUCGCCGAUAUCUGAGGAUGUAUGUCCGGAUUCUAAAGGUUACACAUUUAAGGAACGUGUCGAAAAGUUUGAUGAUAUUCCAAACUUAAAUUUAGUCGUGGUUAAUGCCACAUUGCCAUCUGUUUGUUUCUGUGAUAUUGUACACAACGGAUUAACGGCAUAUACAACUUUGAAAAGAACCGACCAUUCUAGCGUUACUUCAUGUUUGGAAAUAGGAGAUGUAGAUUUCGAUGGAGUGGAUGAAAUUUUAAUCGGGAGCAGUGCAGAAGAAAUUAAGCUGUACAAAUUGGUGAACGGUACGACGGUAUUAAAAGAAAUUAAGAAGAUUGUCAGUCCAAUAUUUAACAUUCAAUAUUUCGAUAUUAUCGGAGAUGGCGUUAAAGAAUUGAUCGUAUUAACAAUGAAAGGAUUGUAUGUGCUACAGCACAACGAAAUUGACGUUCAACGGAAGUUGGAGGAGAAAGUUUUCAAGUUAACAAUGCCUGAAACAAACUUUACUUAAGGAUUUUAAAAUACAAAGAGAAGAGCUAGUGUACAGUUUAUCGAUUUUAUUGGUGAUCCAGGCACAGAUAAAAUUCAUCGGUGGAACAAUAUAGCUUAUUAUCUAAGGCUACAGCAAUCUUUUAUUUUUUUUGUUGUUAUUCUAUAUAUAUAUACAUAGUGGUACAUGAAAAGAAAAUAUGUGACAAAGAAACAAAUACUGUAAUCAAUGGAGAUACAAACUACUUGCACCACUAUUUUUAUUUGUAUUAUAUUCGUGUACUUUUAAAAAUAUAUUUUCUUUUUAAUUGUAAUCUUCUUUAAUACAGAUACAUGGACAAAAUAUACUUGACUUAACUCAUUCAGACUACGCGCACCCAAUUUAAUUAAUUUUUCAUAAUAAAUUAGCUAUUGUCUUCAUCGUUUCUGGUUAUUUUGUUGUCUUAAGUAAAAUAUUAUAGAACUCUCAAAUCAUUCCACCCACCAAAUCAAUUAAAUCUAUAACUUGGUAAUCA